UUCCAAUUCAUACAUAUUCAUAAUUAUCCCGUAAAUUCCUAAAUCAUUUUGCAGUUGGUCUUUCUGUUUGGAUAUGACUUUAUGGAUUCUCCAUCGUAUUGCUGUUUCUGGUCGUCUGGAUUUGUUUUAGUCAUGGUAAAAUUACAAGGGAGAAUCAUACCAAGAAAUCUAUUUCCUACCAGUUUAUAUUUUUCCUCGCUAUAGUGCAUUUUUCAUCCUUUUUUUUUUAUUUUUUUUUAUUUUUCAGCUUUCUAUAAAUUCCCAGAAGUUGCAUAUUCACAGGAUGUUUUGUUUAAUGGAACUCGUACUUUGGGAGCUGGAAGGAUUAUGUGACCUUUUCUACUAGCCGACAUGAAAUCCAGCACAUAUGAAGGAGACAACAUAAUUUUUUAAUGAAGGGAAAACAGACCUUCCAGCAUAGUCAAUGUCAACAAUACAUUAUUGAGUUUGGUAUUACGGGUUGAUUGUUCAAUAAUUCUAGCGUUGAAUUUGAUCAUGUUCAUAAAUAUCAAGGCUCUCUAAAGGAUUUUCAGGGCUGAGAAGAGAUAUGUCUAAUACAUCUGACAAUUGGGAGAGAUUGGUGGGAGCUGUGAUCCGGAGAGAGGAACUAUGGCAAAUGUUUCAUGAUCAGAGCCCAAGUGCCAGCUCCACAUCGUCUGAUUUCAGUUUGGAUUCUCAAGUCCUUGAUGUGCCUUAUGAUUUUUCAGGCCCAGGAAGUUCAUCUCCGUAUCGUCAGCUACCUCCAUCCGCAGUUGAAAAUUUGCAGAAGAAAGAAAAAUCUGUUGAGAAGGAGCUUUCUGAGCUGGUAUUUGUUCAGGGUUUUAGCCUUGUUUUUGACCUUGAAGACAUGUUGAGGUCGACUGCUCAUUUUCUGGGGAAGGGAACAUUUGGAAGAGCAUAUAUGGCAGCAAUGGAUAAUGGAAUAACAGUUGUGCUGAAAAGAUUGAAUGUAAUCAACAUUUCAGAAAAGAAGUUCAGACAACAGAUGGAGGUCAUUGGAAAUGUCAGGCAUGAAAACGUGUGCGCAUUGAAGGCUUACUAUUUUUCCAAAGAUGAAAAGCUCAUGGUGUAUGAUCAUUACAGUAAUGGAAGUGUAUCUGAAAUGUUACAUGGAAAAAUUGGCGAGAAUCGGGCUCCAUUAGACUGGAAAACGCGGCUGAGAAUUGCAGUGGGUGCAGCAAGGGGUAUUGCUCACAUUCACAAGCAAAGUGGUGCAAAGCUUGUCCAUGGAAACAUAAAAUCAUCGAACAUUUUCCUUAGUUUACAUCAGUAUGGAUGUGUGUCUGAUCUUGGCUUAGCAAGCAUGAUUGAAUCACCAGUCAUGCGAAAUGCUGGGUACCAUGCCCCAGAAGUCAAGAACACCCGGAAUGUGUCUCAAGCGUCUGAUGUCUACAGCUUUGGAAUCCUUCUGCUUGAACUUCUCACUCGUAAGUCCCCUUUAAUAGGUAGCGUUGAGGUUCUCGACCUAGUCAAAUUGGUUAAUUCUUUCAAGCGAAAGGAGCCAAUUGCUAAUAUUUUUGAUGUGGAGCUCUUGAGAAUCCAUAACAAGGAACAAAUGGUAAAGAUGUUGGAAAUAGGGAUGAGUUGUGUUGCAAAAUCCCCAAGGAAAAGACCUAAAAUGGCCCAAGUAGUGGAGAUGAUGGAGGACACUACUACGAUAAAUGCAAGAAAUCAACUACAUCCGAAGCUUGUAUUUAUUGAGUGUCCCAAACCUCAUUUUGAACUUGAAGAUAUGUUGCGGGCUUCUGCAGAGGCUCUUGGGAAGGGAACAUUUGGGACUUCUUAUAAGGCAACCCUGGAAAAUGGAAUUACAAUUGCAGUAAAGAGAUCAAAGGAUGUUAUUGUUACAAGAGAAGAAUUUCUGAAACAAAUGGAGGUCAUUGGAAGAAUGAGGAACGAAAGUGUUGCUAAAUUAAUGGCAUACUACUACUCUCAUGAUCAAAAGCUUUUGGUGUAUGAUUAUUAUGGUGCGGGCAGUGUAUCUUCCAUGCUACAUGGACAAUUUGGCAAGGGUAAAAUUUCUUUAGAUUGGGAAACUCGACUAAGAAUUGCAGUAGGGGCAGCAAGGGGUAUUGCUCACAUCCACUCACAAGUUGGCCAGAAUCUUGUACAUGGAAAUGUAAAAACCUCAAACAUUUUUCUUACUGCUCAAGGAUAUGGCUGUGUUUCAGAAGUCGGAUUGGCAACAUUAGUUAGUAAAACCUCAGUGCUACAUAGUUGUUCUUCAGGGUAUCGCGCCCCAGAAGUAACAGACACCAACAAAUUGUCCCAUGCUUCUGAUGUCUACAGCUUCGGAGUUGUGCUUCUCGAACUUCUUACUGGAAAGCCAACGAUACUUUCUGAAGAGAAUGAAAAGGCCAGUCAGCUAGCGAGGUGGGUUGCUUCUGUUGUUCGUAAGGAAUGGAAUGCAAAAGUUUUCGAUAUCGAGUUGUUGAGGAAUCAAAAUAUUGAGGAAGCAACGAUGAAGGUUUUGCAGAUAGCGUUGGAUUGUGUUAAAAGUGUUCCCAAGCAUAGACCAAAAAUGCUAGAUGUAGUGAGGAUGUUAGAGUUUAUCAGUGGAAGAGACUCAGCAGCCUAUGAUUAGUUGAAAAGAGCUCAUUGCCUAAACCGUUAUCAGCUUUGUUGAUGGCAGAGUUGGGUUUUUCUUCUUUUUAAUAUUGCAUUCUCUUUAUAUAAAUUACUUUCGAAUGUAAAUUUUCCAGGUUUUCUUUUCUU